AUGUCCGAAAACGAAUCCAGUGUGAGCUAUAAUAAUAAAAAACAAUUAGAAGUGUACGGAUACUUGUCGAAAGAUGUGACGUGGGAGAUUCAAGAGGAUCGACGUGAAUUUCUUUAUCAACUCGAUACCGUGGUCAAAAAUUGGAAAGGUCAACUUCCAAAUCUUCUAGACUUCUUCCAAAAAGAAGCGAUUUUUUGGCUUUUGAUAGAGUCCGUCAUAGACACAGACGAACACGACAUCGAGACACCGGGAAAACGAUUCAUAGAUUUUGUGGCUCGCAGCGGCUACAAAGACGACCCCUACGCAGAUAAAGACGGCGAGCCACUGUUGCGUCGCACCACGCCGGUGCAUCACGCGGCUAAGCACGUUACCAAUUACGUCAUAAUCUCUGAUCUCUUUAAAAUCUACGACAAAUUCGACGUAGCUUACAUAGACGAAGAUGGAUUAACGCAUUUUCAAGUGGCCUGCUUGUAUGGUCUCGACACCGUCGUCGAAAAAUUCCUCGAACUCGGGCAAGAUCCCAACGGCCUCUCUCGAGGCACGGCAGCGAGAUACCCGCCGCUUUACUUGGCUCUACUCAACGGCCAUGGGACGGUAGCCGAAUCGCUGCUGAGAAGAGGCGCCGAUCUGCUUCGAGCCAGUGCGGACGGAGUAACUCCUGUGCACAUGCUUGGCAAAAGAAAUCACAAUGAUGCCUUCCUUGAGACAUUUUUCGAGAUUGUCGAGGAGAAAUAUCUGACGUUGCAGGUCAACGCCAUAGACCAUGAUGGCCUUUUACCGUUACAUUAUGCUCUGAGGGGCAGAAACAAGAAACUGAUGGAACUGCUGUUGAGACACGGCGCGAAUCCGAAUUUGUGCAACGAACACGGAGAUACUGCGGUACACUUCGUAUGCGACGACGACGACGACGACGACGACGACGAGGACGACGGCGAGGACGAUGGCGAGUACAAGUUCUUGGAGAAAUUUUUCGCCAUCAACGACGAACUCGGUAACACGAUCCAGGUCAACGUUAAAAACGUACAGGGCGACACACCAUUGAUCUUGGCUAUGAAGAGUGGCAACACAAAUGCAGUCGAACAGUUGCUGAGAAGGGGUGCCGACCCUCAUUUAGUCAACGACGACGGAGAGACUUGUUUGCAUAUUAUUUGCAAGAGCGACUGGAACGACGAAAACAUGGCAAAGAUGUUAUUUGAGGUCUGCGACGAGAAACAUCAGACGGUCCAGGUCGACGCACGGGACAAUGAGGGUUGGACACCAUUACUCGCUGCAAUAUACCAAGGAAACAUCAAUUUGGUAGAAUGUUUGCUAAGAAGAGGCGCUAGUCCGCAUUUAGCUGAUUAUAACGAACUUACUCCUUUGCACGCAAUAUGCGAGAGAAAAAACAGCGACGAUGGCUUGGCGAAGAGAUUUUUCGAGAUCACCGACGAAUUGAAUCAGCCCGUGGAGAUCGACGCCAAGAACGACGAGGGCUCGACGCCGCUACACUUGGCUCUGUCCCACGGAUGCAAAAAACUGAACGAACUGCUGUUGAGAAGACAGGCCGAUCCAAAUUCGGCUGCCGAGAACGGAUUCACUCCUCUGCACGUCGUGUGUCUGAGAGAAGACGACGACGUUGACUUGGUGAAGAUGUUGUUCGAGAUGGGUGACAAAUUCAAUAAGCCGAUCCAGAUCGACGCCCGUGACAGCGAGGACAAUACACCGUUGCACUUUGCUUUGGAUUGCGGCCACGAACAAAUAGCCAAAUGGCUGCUGAGAAGAGGAGCGGAUCUUAAUUUAGCCAACGCACGGGGAUGGACACCGUUGCACUUUAUUAGCGCUCAAAAGAAGGACUACGCCGACUUGUUGCAGACGUUUUUGGAGAUCAGCGACGAGCAAACGCGGCCGAUCCAGAUCGACGCCCGAGACAGCGACGACAACACACCGUUGCACUUUGCUUUGAAUGGCGGCCACGAACAAAAGGCCGAAUGGUUGCUGAGAAGAGGAGCAGAUAUAAAUUUAGCCAACGCGUGGGGAUCGACACCGUUGCACUCGAUCAGCGCGGGAAAUAAGGACCAUGCCGACUUGUUGGGGACGUUUUUCGAGAUCAGCGACGAGCUGAAUCGAACGGUCGAGGUCGACGCCAGGAACAAGCGGGGUGAAACGCCGCUCCACCAUGCUAUAAGACACGGACACAAGAAGGUAUUUGAAUUACUGCUCAGAAGAGACGCCAAUCCGAAUCUGGCCGAUAACGAUGGAUGGACGGCUCUGCACACGAUUUGCAUAGUCGCCGACGAUAGCGGCUGGGCGAAGAUGUUGUUUGAAAUCAGCGAGGAAAAUAAUCGACAGGUGCAGAUCGAUGUUCAGUGCACGCACAACUGCACACCACUACACCUUGCUCUGAUCAAAGUAGAGCUCAGGGAGGUGGCGGAAUUGCUUCUGAGAAAGGGCGCCGCUACGAAUUUAGUCGAUUGGAAGGGGUCGACUCCUCUGCACACAGUUUGCAGGUCCGACGAUGACGAUCAGGACCUCGCGAGGAUGUUGAUCGACAUCAGCAACGAGGAAAAUAAUCCGGUCGAAGUCGACGCCCGGGAUAAAUUGGGCCGGACGCCGCUACACCUGGCCCUGGCCGAAAGAAACUGUAGGGUGGUCGAGUAUCUGCUGAAAUUAGGCGCCGAUCCCAACUUGACGGACAAGAACGGAUUCUCGCCGUUACACGUCAUCAGCAAGGAUCUUUACGACGACGCUGAAUUGCUCGAGCUGUUUUUCGACGCCAGCAAAGAGGCCGAUCGACCGGUGCGGGUCGAUGUCCAAGACAAGAAGGGACGAACGCCUUUGCAAUUGGCCGUGGCGAAUCUUUCCCUCGAUAAGGUCGAUGUACUCCUGGAUCGGGGCGCUGAUCUGUCCAACUUCGUUUUUUCCAGCAAGAGCUUUUUCGUCGAGAGAUUUCGAUGGGUACGUGCGAUGGACGAAAAAUUAUCACUGGCGUCGAAAAUUGUGGCCGUCGUUGAGCGUCUCGAGAAAAGAGGAUACGAAUUAGACCGCAGCGACGCCCUGAAUAUCAUGAGUUUGUUCGCCGAGUACGGAUUGUUCGAGAAGUCAGUGGAUCUCGACGAAUAUUGGUACGACGACGAAGAAUUUGUGAGCAAAUCGAAAGAGAUAAUGGUGAUUCCUAGUCUGUCGCUUCACGACCUUAUCCGAUUGAGACCGGAAGAGGCGGCGAAACAACUGAAACACGAGAACUAUAUCGAGUUGGCGCGUUCAAACAAAUUGUCGGACCUUCCCGAAGGCCACACGGAGCUUUGCGUUCGGCAUCUGUGCGAAAAACUGUCCAGAGGAUUUUUCUGGCCAUGGGCACUGGAUGCUUUUUACGAACUGAAACACUGCCAGCUACCGGUUCUCUGCUGUGAAAUGAUCAUUGCGGAGCUGAAGAACGAGGAUUUAUAUAAUAUUUGCUUGGCAUGCAUACUUGCAUAG